ACUGUAGUGGUGGGUCAUUUCACAGUCCCACAAACACUCUUUCACGCGCUCCCACAAGUUCUCAUCUGUCACUCGCAGUCGCUGAUAUCGCUGCCCUCUGGUCUCCCUCAACCCUUGCAGUUGCAGUUGCAGUUGCAGCACCGUCUUCUGUUUCUUUGAGCGUUGUUGAUUCAUGGGGUUUCCGUAUAUGGUCUAAUAUAAGCUUUCUUGUGCUUCGCCUUGGAGUAAUUUCUUCUUGUGCUCAAGUUCAAAACUCAACUAUGCUUCGUGGGAUUGCCUUUUCCUUGUUUGGGCUUUUGGCCAUCUUGGGAGUACAGCUUCCUGCAACAAGGGCUGAUUGCCCAUUGGAUUUAAGUACUUCAAACUUUACAAUGGCAUCCUCCGUCUGCUCAGACCAAGGUGACAGAAAUGGCUGUUGUCGCUACAUUAAUGCUAAUAUUGCCGUUUCUGUUGCUCGAUAUGCAAAUGGAACAGGCAACCUUGGAGUCCCUCCAGAUGCUUCUGACUUCUGCCUCCAGACCAUAACUGAGACUUUGCAACUUUAUGGAGUUUCACCAAAUGCAGCUGUUUUCUGUGGCUUUGGGACAAAAGUCCCGGUUAAUUACGAGUGUAAAGGUCGAACUACUGUCACACAGAUGCUGCAAUCUCCAAGAUUUGGAGAGGUCACUAAAAAUUGCAAAGUGCCUCUUGUAAAGGAAAGUGAUUGCAAGCAAUGUUUGAAUGCUGCCAUUGGUUACCUACAUAAUGUAAUAGGUGUACAGGAUAAUAUCACAUUAAGUACAUGCCGUGAUGCCACUUUUACUGCGUUGGCAAGCCAAGUUGAUGAUAUGUCUACUGUUGAAACUGCGAGCUGUUUCUUUGGGGUUCAAGGACUUCUCGGGCCUACUGGUAUGAAUGUUUCAGAGCCAUCCACUUCACCAACUCCUGAGGCUUCUCCAAGUCCUCCAGCUGCUGAUAGCCCAAGUCCAUUGCUGAUAGGUGUACCACUUAAAAGAAAUCACCAUAGAUACCACUUGACAUUAAUCCCAGGUAUCGGUAUUGCCGUCACAGCUGCUGCGGUUAUGAUGCUUGUAGUUUUGGUCGUUUUAAUUCGUCAAAAAGGCAGAGAGCUAGAGGGACCUGAUCAUUUAAGUAAAACCUCCUCGAAAUCCUUACCCCCUUCUGCCACAUGGAGAUUUCAGGAUGGUCCUUCGUCUACGUUUCGAAAAUUCAACUAUAGCGAGAUUAAGAGGGCCACAGAUAAUUUUGGCACUGUGAUUGGGCAAGGAGGAUUUGGAACUGUGUAUAAAGCUGAUUUUAGUGAUGGUUUAGUGACAGCAGUAAAGCGUAUGGAUAAAUCAGCAGAGCAAAAGGGGGAUGAGUUUUGUAGAGAAAUAGAGCUUGUUGCCCGGCUUCAUCACCGCCAUCUAGUUGCAUUAAGAGGAUUUUGCAUUAAAAAACAUGAGAGGUUUCUGAUAUACGAGUACAUGGAAAAUGGAAGCUUGAAAGACCAUCUUCAUUCCCCUGGGAAAACGCCCCUGAGUUGGCGAAAUAGAAUCCAAAUUGCCAUUGACGUGGCUAAUGCACUGGACUACCUUCAUUUCUAUUGCGAUCCUCCUCUCUGCCACAGAGACAUUAAAUCUAGCAACAUUUUACUGGAUGAGAAAUUUGUUGCAAAGCUAGCUGAUUUCGGACUGGCACACGCUUCAAAAUAUGGUUCUAUAUGCUUUGAACCAGUAAAUACUGAUAUCCGGGGAACUCCAGGUUAUAUGGAUCCAGAAUAUGUUGUUACUCAAGAACUCACCGAGAAAAGUGAUAUUUACAGUUUUGGUGUGCUAUUAUUAGAGAUUGUAACUGGAAGACGAGUAAUUCAAGAUAAUAAGAAUUUGGUAGAAUGGGCACAACCAUUCAUGGAAUCCGAAUCAAGAUUGAUGGAGUUAGUGGAUCCCAAUGUGAGGGAAUCUUUUGAUUUGGAUCAGCUCCAAACAGUUGUCUCUAUAGUAGGAUGGUGCACCCAGAGAGAAGGCAGGGCAAGGCCUUCAAUAAAACAAGUCCUUAGACUUCUGUAUGAGACUUCAGAACCCAUGCACAGUGGAUUUUUACAAGCUGUUGAAGAUGAAGAAUAUGCAGCAAAUCAGCAAUCUGGCAGAAGAAGCAAGGGAAAGUUACACAGAAGUGAAUCAAAUUAUCACAGUGGGGAUGGAAGAUAUUUAGCUUCUUCUUCAAGUACAUCCAGGUCCUAUUGCAGUAGAAGUUUCUUACUUGAGACAGGAUCCCCGCAGUCCCCUCAGAAUAUUUUUUCAGUUUAAAUCAAUAAUUGCCUUCAAUCGUCAUCAGGCUAACAUGUAUAGGAAGCAAUGCUACCUCAAAAUGGAGCUUAACUGUGUCGCACACUAGAAUGAAACACCGACCAACUCUUCAAAUUGCUCUUCCACUCUACAUAGUUUUGUUGUUGUGUUCACAUCACAUUGGAUCUUAUAUUUUGUGUCAAUAUUAGCCACUGCAUGAUGCUUUGAAUUUCAAGUGAACACUACAUAAUUUUGUUGUUUCCUAUUGCCUGAAUCAUAUUGUAUCUUACAUCUAGGUCAAUAACUGACCAUCUUCUGCUACAACGGAA